AUGGAAGUCGAUAAUGGAAUAAUGAUGGCUUCAACAAUAUCCCAGUUGCAAAUUGCCGAAAUGGCGUUCCCGACCAGACGUGCGGAACCCAUCUAUACUGUCGGCGCGAAUUUUCACGGAUUGACCACUAUUACUAUUUCUGUUCAGAGAAGACUUAGUCCUCAGUCAAUGUCAAGACGGUGUUCCCGUUCGCGCACACCAACUGAAGAUCGAAGUGAUAGGAAUCUUCACAACCACUUAAUUUCAUUCCUAUUUCUUUGCUGGGGUCGCAGAUGUGUGUCUAUCUGCCUUUAG